GGGUGGCAGCUCAGGCACAGGGGAGGAGGAAGGGGACGGAGGAGUCACGACAGACUGACUGGGUUCUCCGGGCGACCGACGGACCGCCGCCCCGACCACCAGGAGGAGGUGAGCAGAUCUUUUUAUUGCGAUGGAGAAAACGGAUGUUUUCGGUUAUAUUACUAUUAUUAAAAAGACAGGGAAUGAUGGUUUUCGGUAUCCAAUAAACCGAACUACUUGUGUGUUUGGAAGGGAUACGGAAUGUGACAUCCGGAUCCAACUUCCAGUUGCAAAUAAACAACAAUGCAAGAUUGAAUUUAAUCAGCCAAAAGAGGCUGUGUUGUUUAAUUUAAAUUCUUCACAUCCAACUUGGUUAAAUGGAGCUGAAUGUUGCCAUCCUGUGAAAUUGAAGCAUGGAGACUUAAUUAACAUCUUUGACCGUUCUUUCAGGUUUGAAUAUGCAAAAGGCUUCCCGAAUGAAGAAACAUCAAUAAAGCCUCCAGAACCAAAAAGCAAAGAGGCAAUAAUACCACCUCGAUCCCGAAGUCUCUCAACUCUGCACCCUGAACGUCAAAAGAAUGAGGAGGAAAUCUCUUUAAGAGAAGUUUCUCUUAUAAAAACUAUAGAAGAAAUAAUAAAUGAAAAUAAAUCUAAACAACGUGUUGAUGCUUCAGAUAAUGUAAAAGAACCUCUCACAGAGAAAGCUCCAACUUUAACAACUAAAGAACUAAAAGAGAAUGGAACCAAUGUCACCCCAGAGAAAAACACUUCCCUGAAACUAGCAGAUGACUCCAGUGGAGAUGUGAGUCCUUGUUUAACCCUGGACCAUCAUGGGAAGAGUGGAAAACCCACACUUUCUCCUUUUAGGAAACUGUAUGGCCUUAUGAAAGAAGAAUUAAACCUUACUAAACACCAGCAAACAGGCGAUGUUCAUCAUGGCAGAAAGUCCGGGUCUAAAAACCGGGCCAGUGUGGAUGGUAGAGAGUGGGAAACGGAACUCCUCCACUUGCCCCGAUCUAAGCACACGGGGAAGAUGAAGACCAAAGCAAACUCUGCUUCAUAUGAUGGGAUGGCAGAGGCCGAGCACGGCGUCACAGAAGAAACGUGGUCUGGGGACGUGGACAAGAAGCCAUGUAGUGAAGAGGAAGUAAUACUGGAUGCUGAAGACCAAGAUUUAAAGCAGCUCACCUCUACCCAGAAACGAAGAAAAAGUGAGGAGUUGCCCCUCGAGAAUGCUGGGAAGAAAAAGGGUAAAAUGGGAAGUGGAAAAGACAAAAGGAGGUCGGCCCCUGUGAGGUCCACAUCAGAGGCCCAGAGUCCGUAUCCUUUACUUCGAUCCCAAACCAAGAACCUUGAGAUGUGUUCCCUAGGAAGAGGUAAACUGCCCAAAUUGGGAAGAGAGGUUGCUGAGCUCCGUGAGAACAAGGCCACAGCUGCUGAGAAGCCUGUUCUCAAAGAGAGUGACCACAAUGGUGGCGGCGAUUCUGUAGAUUUGGCUAAGGGAAAUAAGAGUAGUAACCAACCUCCUCCCAAGAAAACUUCAAAUUCAGAAAAAAUGAAAACUCAAGAUGAAAUCGGUUUCGAAGAUAAUGUGAGUGAAAAUGACGAAUCAUCAGCGAAGAGGAGGCGAGUUUCUUUUGGAGUUCUUCUCCGACCUGAAUUAUUUGAUGAGAACUUACCUCCUAAUUCACCUCUUAAAAGAGGAGAAACCCCCGGGAUGAGAAGACCAUCACUUGGUUGUCUUCGGGCUGUCCUGAAAAAAACAAUUAAGCCGGAGCAUUCUAAGCCACCAGAAAAGGACUCUUCCUCUGAAGGGAUCCUGGAUGUACAAGACCUGUCACUGGAGUUGCCUAAGAAAAUUUCUGCAGCCUCCGGUGAUGACCCUGAGAAUGCAGAGGCUAUUCCUACUGAAAUCCAGCCCCAGAAGAUGAACAGGCCAUCAUCAUCAAGAAGAUCUUCCUGUGGGAGGGGCCAAGUUGAUGAUGCCCUGCAGAUGAUCUGUUCCAGGAGGAGAAGUGGUGCAUCUGAAGCUAAUCUCAUGGUUGUACGCUCUUGGGCAGAUGUGGUAAGAUUAGGUACUAGAAAGCCACGAGCAGACGUUGUUGUAAAACAUGGUCUUGAGAGAAGAAUAAUAAAAAAAAAGCAGAAGAGAUUAACCCCCAAGAAGCCAGCAAACCAAGCUCAGAAUCACUUUAGCACAGGCCACGCAAACUCUCCCUGUACCAUAGUGAUUGGAAGAGCUCAUACUGAAAAAGUGACCAUGCCUAUACGGCCCUGUAGGAUGCUGAACAACUUUGUUUUAAACCCUAACAUGGAUAUGAAUGAGGAUUUAACAGGACUGACAGAAAUAUUUAAAACCCCAAUAAUGAAGAAGCGGGCACCUGGAAGUGUGUCUCCAGGGACUGAUACAAGUCCACAACUUUUGUCUGGAGAAACAUCUGCCACAUCUUCAGAAAAUGAAGAUGUCAUGCAUCCUUCAGAUGGAUUUGCAGAGAAGGUGGAACUUUCAGAAAAACAUAUAUCUGACUUGAUCAUUCCAUGCCGUCGUUCCCCAAGAAACAGACAGUCAUCAGGAGAUGAUGAGAUCAUUAAAACUGAAAAUGAGAUCUCUGAAGCUAGAAGUGAUGAAAUAAUGAAGAUUUCACUUCUAGAUGUCGAUGUAGACCAUAAAAAAUUGACACUAAAUUCAAAAAAGGUUCGGACUUCCACACCAAAAGAAAGUGUAACACCACUAAAUCAAGAAGAAAAAUUACAAAAUAGAAAUCCAGGAAUUGUUAUACCAGGGAACCAAUGUGCUACUACCUAUGGUGUAGAGCAAGAGCAAAGUGUAACCCCGGGAGGGAAACAUCCAGUAACACCAGAGGCAAUUUGUAACAUCAAGAGUGCUAUUGAAACACCAGGCAAAGGGCAACCAAAAGAACAUUCAACAGAUAAUCACAUCGACCUAAGAAAUAAAAACCCCAAAAUGUUAGAAGGUCAAUCAGGAGUCACAACUUCAGUAAAAGGAAAAUCAAAUAAAGAUGAACCUAUCCCUGACCAGCCAGCCAGCAGGGAUCCAAAAACAUGUCAUGGAGGCAAUAAUAAAAUGACAAGUGAUGUGUCUCCAGGUGUGAUGGUUGCUCAGGGAACUGUAACAAGCAUCAAAGAUGAGCCAGACAGCAUGAAGAAGUUAAGAGCCCCAAAGGAAAAGAGAGAGUCAGUUGAAGACCUAAGUGGAAUCAGAGAGCUUAUGAAAACCCCAACACCAGUAACAGAACUAGAAGAAGCAAGAGUGAUAGAUUCUGCUGGGGAUGCUGCAGAAGUUCAAACAAAUCUUAGGCCAUCCCCAAAGCAAAUAAUAAAUUCUGUCAGAGCUGCUGAAAAACAAACAAAAAAGACAAUAAAGCUGCCAGCUAAGGAAGAAGAUCUGGCCAACAUUGAACAGCUUAUGAAGACUCCAAAACGAAAAGGUGAGCCUGUCGAGCAUCUGAGAGUAGUCAAAAGACUAACAAGAACAUCUAAGGACAAGGUAGAAUCAGGGGAGAACUCAGCGACAGGCACUGAAAAAUUAAUGAGGACUCCUCAGGAAAAAGAGCCUGUAGAAAGUCCAAAAAUCACUGUAAAUGUCAAUGUUAAACAGGUUCCAAAACAGAAAGGUCAGUUCUCUGAAGAUCCAGAUCUCAAGGAGCAUAUUAUGACUUCUACAAAACAACAACUGGUAGAAUCAGUCAAAGAUAAGAAAGGCAAGGCCAUUGUUACGAAGGCAUAUGAAUCAUCACAAGAGUUGACCAGGAACAGGAGACUGACAGGAAUUAUUAAAGAAAAGGAAGAAACAACGAAAGGUGUCAAAAAGUCUACUAAAACAUCAAAGCACAAAUGUGAUCCAGAAGAUGAUGAUCUGACAGGUUUUAGACUUAUCAGAGUUCCUAAACAAAAGGUAAAAUCAGCAGAAAACCUUACAGGCCUUAAGAAACUUAGGUCACCUAAGGAAAAGGUAAAACCUAUUGAAAAUUUGACAGGUCUGAGAAGACUUUUGAAAUCUCCCAAAGUCAAGAGAGAGCCAUUAGAAGAUCCAACGGGCAUAAAAGGAUUGAUGAUAACCCCAAAAGAGAAGGGGAGAGAGCCAGUAGAACAUCCAACCGGCAUCAGAAGAUUCAUAAGAAUACAAAAAAGGGGAGAGUUAGAUGUUACUCUAUUUAGGGAGAGUCCAAAUAAAAUGGAAGAAAAUAUAUCAAGUAGAAACACGGUUAUGUGGAGUAACCCACAAGAAAUCUCUGAUAGAAAUUCAGAAUUUUCUGAAAAAUUACAACAAAUAGAGAUAGGGAUACUCAGACCAGGAAUAAAAGAUUUAAGUAUUCCACAACAAGGAAAUGAAGUAACAGAAAAAAUACUGGAGUCCCCAGAGAGAAUCCAAACUCUAAAGUUACUGAAACCACCAACAAAGAAUGAAUUAGGAAAUGCCUUUGGAUUAAAGGUUUUCGAACCAGAGCCAAUAUCUGAAGAAAUAGGUUCCGUUGCAUUUAAAGAGCUGUAUGAGUCUCCAAAGGAAAACAAGGAGCAGCAAUCAGGUAUUGACCAAUACCAACAGCAAAUUUGUUCGGGGGAAGACAAUGGUGAAAAUAAAUCUAAUAUUUCUAAAAUCGAUGGGUUGUCCCCAGUGACAUUGGAAGUAAACAUGGACCAAGAAAUUCCACCCAUGUCUACCCAGAGAAGUAAAAUUAGUCAGGCUCUCCGAGAAAAUGAUAAUUUGCCAAGUGAGACAGAAAAAAUAUUUCCAAAGGAAAUAGAAAAUAGGAGUGAGAAUCAAAGAACAAUGUCCUUAAAGUCUAAAAAUAAAAAUAAAUCUGGAAAGAUCCUCUUAAACGAUGAAAAGAUUGUGAAAACCUCCUGGGAGGAAAGUGUAAAGGAGAUGGUUGAGCGUCAUGCCAGAUUCUAUAACGCAGAAAAAAGGCGACAGGACCCCAAAACCUCAGAGAUGAAUGAUAAUCAGGAAUUUGUGAAUAGUCAGCCCAGCACAUCUGGGGAAAUGGCUGACGAUACAAAGUGCAUGGCACCUCUGAGACCUAGAAGAACUGAAGCCGAUGAUAGAUUGCAACGGUCUAGUUCAGAGGAAUCAAUUAUAGAAAAGCCUGAAAGUAAGGCAACCAAGAAUGUAAAGGGGAGAUUUAAAAACGUUAAUAUGACAUUAUUGACAUUAAGAUCUAGAAAUAAAAGCAAGGAAUUGCCUAGUGUAUCAGAUGUGUCACAUAUGGAAAGUGGAACAAAACUUGGUAAUAGAUUGCCAAGGAAACUGAAUGAACGAAAAUCCCCUCUAAGACUCAGCCAGAGGAAUAAGACCAUUGAAAUGGAUAUAUUACCCAGACAGCAUAAUGAAAAGAGAGAGAGAAUUCUUAGAACCAAAAUUAAAGCUGAUGCAAAAUUACAAGAAUCUAGUAGUAUGGUUAAUGAAAUAGUUUCUGAGGGAAAUAAAAAAGAAAGAAAGUCAAAAAAGAGAAUUGCGAAUAAAGGAAUGAUGGGUUUGAGAUCAAGAAAUAAAAAUAAGGAAAUGUUUCCUGGCGAAUCAGAUAAGUCCACAGAUGAUGAAAAGGAAUGUGUUAAGAGCCUGCCAGAGAAGCUGAAAGAACACAAAGUAUAUGAUCAUUUUUCAAGUGAAACAGAUGAAUCACCCACAGAAAAUGAGGAAAAAUUUAUGAAGAGCUACCGGGGAAAGAGAGCUGUAAAUGAAGAUGGCAUAGCACUAAGAACAAGAAGUAAAAUGAAGGCAAAACAAGAAUGUCAUUCGACAGAUAAAGCAUGCAUAGAGAAUGAUGAAAAGAGACCACCUAGGAGUUUACAGGGAAGAUGGAAAACUCUUGCUAUUCAUGAAAAGAUGUCAUCUCUAAGACAUAAAAAUAGAAUUAAGCCUGCUAAAGAAGAAUCACACAAAGAAGAUGCUGUUCCAAGUAAAGGGGUAACAGCUUUACGCUGUAGAAGCAAACAUAAAAUGGAUAAGGAAUAUCAUCAAUCUUUGCCGCCUCCAUCUAAAGAAACAGAGAGAGUGUACAAGAGCUUCCCAGAGAGGCUUAUGUCAUUAAGAUUACGAAGUAAAAACAAAAUUGGCACAGAAAUGGGUACAUAUGUAGACAACAGUGAAAAGAAGCCUCUGAGAGAGAGCACAGCAAGUCCAUCUAAAGUAACUUUACGCUUUAGAAGCAGAAAUAGAGGCAUUAGGUUGAUUCAUUCCUCGAGAGUUGCACCAGAGAAAUUUUACCAAAAGGAUGAAAAGCCAGUGAAAGUGCAGAAGAAUUUAAGUGAUACAACAGGAAGUGGAAAUAGGACUUUAAGGUUCAGAAGUUCAAGUAAAAUGGACAUGAUCCUGAAAGGAUCUAAUCCUUUAUUAGCACCCAGAACGUCUGAAGGAAUUUUGCCUUCAUCUAGAAGCAGAAACAGAAUGAAUAAAGAGCCACAAGGAGUUCAUCGUGUACCUAGUGCAACGAAAAUCCUUUACAUUGAAGGUGAUGAAAAGUUUUCAAGCCUAGAAAAUAAACACAGUAGUAGAGCACAAGAUAAAAUGGAAGGUAGAGUCAUGACCAGAUCCCGCCUCAGAAGCAGAAAUGAUCGAGAAGAACUGAUAGGAUCUAAUCCAGAGGGCUUAAGCAGAGGAGGUGAAUUGUUUCUAAUAGGGACUAGUUUUAGAAAUAAAAAUAUGGAUCCACAAAGCUCCACUAAUCUUAGCAGAGAGGACCUCUCCGUUUCUCCUCCGAAGAUUACUAUUGUAACAAAGAAAAGAGGAAAAUCAAGGAGCAAACUAUUAAAGCCAACAGAUGUUGAGAAUGAUAGCAAACUGCUGGAUGAAACUUAUAAUAUAAAUUUUACUUCUGUUAAAGAAACACGGUCAGAGCCGAUUCUGUUAAAAACCAGUACACAAGAUAAGGUUGUACCAGUCAAUGAGUUUUGGUCCAAAAGAUUAAGGAAAGACCAGGAGCAGCACGACUCUGAGGAAAGAGUUAAUGUUGGUUCUCGAAGAAAACAUACCCUAAAGGAGACCAAAGCAUCCACCAUAAGUUCAAAGCAGGUGUGAUAUAAUAUUUUAUAAGAACUACUUUUAAGGAGCAGAAUCCCAGUAUUGUCUAAUCUGAAAAUGUAGUAUGGGUGUACCAAUCUCUUUACAUUAUUCUGUGCUAGUAAUAUAUGGUUGACUUUUCCAGUACAGAUUUUUAAAUGAGAUUUAUAUAGUAUAAGGCAGUGUACAGGUCACCAAGUUUGCUUUAUUUUGAAAUAAAAGUUAAAACCACUUUAGGUGGAAACCUUCCUAAAAUGUAUUACACACUUCUCUGUUUUCUAAAGCUGAGCAUUCAAAAUGCAAAUUUAACACUUUCUUGAUGAAUGAAUGUCAUCAUGAACAAAAGUCAUCAGUUACUAUGUUGUAAUAUAAUGUUUGCAGACCCUCAGUUGCCCCAGACUCUUAUUGUCAGCUACAUUUUCUUUACUGUCAUUUGCUUUCCUUCUCCCCUUUUUCUCCCCCAAUUCUAACCUGUUAGAAUUCUAUGUAAAGGAAUAAUAGACUAUCUGGUCUUUAUUUCUUUAGGGUCCUUUGUUGAAGGUUGUAAGAAAUUAAUUGUAAUUUGGGGCUUCCAUGACUACAUCUUUGCUUCAUUAUGGUCAGACUGAAAAGAUGUAAUCUUUUCAGUUAUAUAUAUCAUAUAUUACCCCAGCUAGGAAUAAUGGAAUAGGACUCCAGAUGGUGGUGAGAUUGUGGAAGCGAGGCCAGCUCUUUGAGCUAGCUGAGAUGGAAGCAAGUUUGGGUUUUGGGUCAGUCUUUGCUAGAGCAGUGAGCUUAUUCAUUUUCUCUUCCCCUAUUCCCUUUCUCGUCCCUGGCUUUAUUAAUCACCUGUGUUGUAAUUUUUGUUCCCUUUAAUAAAACCUGGUUUGU